CCUCCACAAGAGGGCGGGUAAUUCGAACCUUGCGGCGGAGCCCGCACGGACCUCCCCGCAAGCGCGAGCCCCGCCGGCUGCGGCGGCGUCGCCCCGGAAGCCCAGGAACGGCAGCGGACAUGGCCGGGAGGCGAGCGCGGUCCGGAGGGGCCACCCGGCGCUCCGGACCCGGGCCCACAUCUUCCAAAUGUCUGCGGAGUUCGCUGCCGAAAUCGGGCUGUGAUCUCCAGAGCUCCCUCCCAGAAAUCUGGCCGAAGGCACCUCGAGACACUCCGGCCAGAAAGCCCAUCAUCCUAAAGAAGAUCGUGGCCCACACUGUUCAGGUGCGGGCGGGGCUGCGGGGCUGCGGGCGGGGAGCUGUGUGUGUGGGAGGGGCGGCGGGGUGUGACCUGGGCCCGUUGUCUCCACAGAUCCCGUCAGCCUGCACUCCUCGGAGAAGCCCAAGGAUCGCCUUCUUCCUGGAGAAGGAGAAUAAGCCUCCCUACAAGGAGCUGACCAGGGGGGACCUCUUCAAGACGCGCGACGUCCCCGUGACCCCCGCCUCCUCCCCCGUGCCUAACGCCCCGAGUAGUGCAGACCCCAACAGCGGCUACCGAGAGCCAGACGCUAGGGACCUGGAGAUGUCCAGGAAGGUCAGGCGCUCCUACAGCCGGCUGGAGGCCCACACCUCGGCCUCCACCUCCACCCCAGGCCGCCGCUCCUGCUUCGGCUUCGAGGGGCUGCUGGCGGCUGAUGACUUGGCCGGGGUCUCGCCAGUGGUGACUUCCAAGAUCACCGAGGCCCCCGUUUUGCCCGAGAGGCCCAGCGUCCCGGACACGACUCUCCCAGGAAUCUCCCCGCCAGUCACAAAAGAGAAGCGGAAGAAGAAGAAGGCGCCGGAGCUCCUGAAAUCAGAGCUGGAUGAGUGGGCCGCGGCCAUGAAUGCUGAAUUCGAGGCUGCUGAGCAGUUUGAUCUCCUGGUUGAAUGAGAGGAGGUGGGGGUACGCCUGGCCAGACUCCCCCCUGUACAUAGGCCUUCUGCUGGUGGAGAGAAGACUCUUCGGGGUCCCUCUCCUGCCAUUGUCCCCUGCGAACCGGACGCCUGUCCUCCACUCGGCUUCAGGACUGGGGCCCGCCACAAACCAUCUUCAGGAGGGGCUCAAGUUCCCACUUAGGUGCCAUGACAGGUCUGGCGGGGGAGCCCGGUCCCCGCCCUCCCUGCAGAAGCUACACUUGCUAAUUCCAGGUUCUGCCACGGGUGCUCAGUUAAAUGCCAGGCUGGCAGCACUGGCUACGGGUUCGAGGACAUGUUUUGUAGUGGGGGUGCCAUGGGGCUUGGGGUCUUACUGGUCUGCGGCAGGGAUGGGAGGCACCCCCAUCUCUGCUCUGUUUAGAAGGUCCUAGUGAUGGGGGGCCUUAGCUCAUGGUGGCAAUUUUGACUUUGAGCCCCUGGCUGCCCACGGGAAGAUGGAUCAAGUCUCCUCACCUCCGGGGAAUCCGUUUCCAUUUCAUGGAGGGAAGGACGGAAGGCGGGCAUAGGGCCCCAGCCAAGGAAGGCGCCCCCCUGCCUGCUCCCCCAGCCACGCAGCUGUGGCUCAGGAUGCUGGCCGGUCCCUGGGAGGCCUGGCCAGCUGGGGGUACAGUGCCCUGCAUCUGGAGUCCACCUGGCACGGUCUUGCCCUCACUGGUGGCCAGAGGUGGGCAUCACCUUGGUCAGCAGGACUGGCUGAAGGCAUCGCCGCAUGCUUCUGUUUCUGGAAAUGAUGAGUGUGGUGUUUGAGGGGAACUGGGGGGGGGUCUUUAAUGGAAAAGGAAAAAACAAACUAAUUAAAAAGAUUACUUGUUGGUA